AUGGCGGCCGGGCUGGCGCGCUGGGCGCUGCUGCUCGCGCUCGCGGCGCGCGGGCCCGCGCCCGCAGCGGCCGGCAAGAUGAAGGUGGUGGAGGAGCCCAACACUUUCGGGCUCAACAACCCCUUCCUGCCCCAGACCAGCCGGCUCCAGCCCAAGAGGGAGCCGUCGCCCGUGUCCGGGCCUCCGCACCUCUCCGGCCUCUCCGGCCAGUGCUUCAGCCUGGUGGAGUCCACGUACAAGUACGAGCUCUGCCCCUUCCACAACGUGACCCAGCACGAGCAGACCUUCCGCUGGAACGCCUACAGCGGGAUCCUGGGCGUCUGGCACGAGUGGGAGAUCACCAACGGCACCUUCACUGGCAUGUGGAUGCGGGAGGGCGACUCCUGCCACGCCCGCAGCCGGCAGAGCAAGGUGGAGCUUACCUGCGGGAAAAGCAACCGCUUAGCUCAGGUGUCUGAGCCGAGCACCUGCGUCUACGCGCUGACGUUCGAGACGCCCCUGGUCUGCCACCCCCACUCCUUGUUAGUGUACCCAGCCCUGCCCGCCGCCCUGCAGCAGAGGUGGGACCGGGUGGAGCAGGACCUGGCGGAUGAGCUGAUCACACCCCAGGGCCACAGGAAGUUGCUGCGGGCGCUCUUUGAGGAUGCCGGCUACUUCAGCACCCACGGAGACAGCAAGGCUGCCCAGAAGGGAGGCGGGAAGGGCCCAGCGUUUGAGACGCUGGAGAGGUGCAGCCAGGCACACAGGGAGCUGACCCAGGAGGUGGAGCGGCUGACAAGUGUGCUAGCCCAGCACGGCCUCCCCUACCUGAGGCCUGCAGGUAAUCACGGGGCGGGGGCGCCGGCCCAGCCCAGCCCGGAUCAGCCCAGUCUGACCACCGGCCACCCACCUGGUUCAGAAACCUCCAGCUCUGAGCUCUCGCGCCUGAAGACACCCACGGACAGGUCACGAGAGGAGCAACGAGGCAACCCGGGCCCGCAGGGCAACACCCUGUGAGCCGAGAGGUGCUGAGAGCAGAGUCCAGACCCGGGGGUCCUGUCAAGGGAGGGCCUGGGACGCAGACGCACCAAAGGUUCCAAGUUUAAUUAAUUCCCAUACUGGCAAAAAAUAAGUCAUGAGUUCUGUAAACCACCGCGUAAAUGCUAUCGUGUAAAAAAGUUUAAGCAAGUGUUCACUUUAAAUAAACAGUUCACUACAAGUAAACGAUCACGCAUCAUAA